CCUUUAGUCUCGCGUUUAUCGUCGUCGCGUCAAUGUCGAUAUCGUCACUGUCGUCGUCGUCGUCGUCGUCGUCAUCGUCUUCGUCGUCAUCGUUGUUACGAUUCGCGCGAUUUUACUUAACGUACGACAUACGACGAUGACAAAAAUGCGCGGGUUUUUUAUCAAUCGGGUUGUUUUGUGACGUUCGAUAAGAGUGGAUUAAACAAAAAUUUUCCCAUGAAAAAAAAAAAUAAUCUUUCCUUUAUCUUUCUUAAUAUAUAAUAUAACACAAGCUUCUAUAUAUUUUUAUAAAUCUAUUAUCAUUUAUGCGUCAGUAUUGAAACAUUUAAUAACAAUUGGAUUGUAUUGGAUUUCUAAUAUCGGUGGAAAUAAUGACCAUGCACGAUCUAUUUAAUUAUAUUAAUAUUAAUAAUAAUAAUAAUAAUAAUAAUAAUAAUAAUUAGUGAUUUCAUUGAUAUCAGAGUUGGUCGUAAUCACGUUGUAAAAGAAGAUAGGUGCCCGUGUUAAUUUGUGAAGCGUAUUUUCUGUGUGUAUUUAACUUCGAAUAGUAGGUCAAAGGCUAUCGUGGAUGGAAGAGCGACGAGGAUCGAUCAGAGAUAUCGAUCAUCGAUCUAUUUCGAAGUGCAAACUACGUUACGAUAUCAUCACGAUAUCAAGGCAUUCUUAUUUUCUUUUCGGUUCAAAUACGUGAUCGCUUUUUUAAAGUGAAGAGUAGAAGAAGACUCGGUGGAGGUGCCUCGAGCAGUGUUCCAGGAUCAAAAAGGGUCCAUUCGAGAGGAGAUGCUAUCCUCGUCGAUAAGCGGAACCGGAAAAGUUAUUGCGAUACUCCACUAGAAAUUCGAUUCGUUCGGCGAUGCAAGGGUGGUGAAAGGGUGAGACAAGGAAAAGGAGGGGGGUUGGUGGAAAGGGGUGGGGAACUUCGGGAACGCGAGAGUAGCCGAGGAGAGAUAAAAAUAAAAUAAAAGAAAGAACGAACGAAGAAAGAGAAGAGGGAGGAAAGAAAUAAUACAACGAAGGAAACGAGGAAAAAGGAACAGAAAGGUGAGAGAGUUGGAGAAUGGCAAGGAGAAUAAGAAAUUCUUAGAAUUGUGUGUUUCAAUGUAGAUACGAAAGAAAAAAAAGAUUUACGUGGAUAGAAAAAUUUGUGACCAACGGAAGAUUUAAUCAUUUAUAACGUUCAUUCUCAUUUAUCAUAUAAUAAUUCAGAAAGUUGACACGAAUGUUCGUGAAAAUCUGUGGAAUGAGAUUAGUGUAAUUGAGAAGGGAGAGUCGUGUUAGCUAAAGUUCUGCUUUAAAUUUCUCCCUUGAAGUGGACAUCAGAGAAUGGUUGAAUUGGUAUCUACGAGUUAGUGGUGGAUAGAAUUGAAAUUAAAACGACGUCAUUGUGCGAGGUGAACGAUUCCAUUUCGGUCUAUUCGAAUCCUUGGAAUCUUCCAACCGAAUCGAUUCUAGCGUAUUUCUGUAAGGUGCUUUAGGAAAAUUCGCAGCUGAUGCUAUUUGGAUUAAAGCGAUCGAAUAACAAGUAUCCAAUUGAAGGAGAGAACAAUGAAUCGAUCCUAAUAGUCGAUCGGGCAAAGAGAAAAGGGAUCAAAGAAGCAUUGCAUUUAUUGCGGUGCUUGCCUAUCGAAAGCACGCGAGUGCUGCGAUCGAUUCGGUCAUUGCUUUUCGAUUGGAAAGCAUCCGCGAAUCGGACUCGUAUGGGGGAGAUCGUAAAGACAAAAAGUCAAACGAUAUUCUUUCGUUUUAACAAAUUGCUAUGAUGAAAUUCUGGCUAACUAGAUUCCUGAAAUAACUGUUUGUUGUGGAUACUAUACGAUGUAAAAGGUAAGGUGGGGGUAUGAUUUAGGGAUAUGCAAUCGUGGACAUCGGUUUGGUUGUUAAAUAAUGAACUUUUGUAAUCGUUUAUCGAACUUGUUUAAAAAAACGAACGUUGCCGUCGGCGAUGUAUUAUUGAAUGGGGAAAAAAGUGUUGAAGUAUUUUUCGCGCGACAAACAACAAAGGGCUAACGAAUGAGCUCGACGUCGUCGUUAAGAAAGCAUUGUCUUCGCGAUGAUGAGAUGUCCGAUGAGAAGAGUUCGCGAGAGAAUAUUGACGACGAGGAUCAUGAUAACAGCCAAGACCUUUACAUAAUUUCAUUGAAAUUCGUGGAAGAUAUUAAAUAGAAAGAUGUAUGAAAUUUUCUGUUACUGAUACCGGACCAAUUGGUGAUAUCGGGCCUAAUGAGAUCCAUCGUUUUAGCGAGUCACGCGAAAGAAGGAGCGUGCUUGUCAAAUUCGACGAUCGCGAGUUGGAUCGUUUGGGCGGUCCGGUGAAGUUAUGAGGCGGCGUAACAACGGCUUUACAGCUGGCGGCAAUAAUGUCGCUUUUUGCUGCCAGAACGCGAGAAAAUCUGGAAAUCGUUCUUUCACCGGUGGUAGUUGCAACGAAUCGGAGGGCAACGAACCAUUGGAAUGGUGCAUCUAUGCGGCCGUUACCCUUGUCGCAAUCGGUUGUUAUCUGAACGCUCUUGGUGGGGAUUUUGUGCACGAUGAUAUCCCAGCUGUUGUGAGGAACAAGGAUGUGAUUGCCCAAACACCCAUCGUUAACGUUCUAAAGGACGAUUUUUGGGGUACACCGAUGCAGGAUGUCAAUAGCCACAAGAGUUAUCGUCCACUUACUACUCUUACAUUUCGAUUGAACUAUCUGAUGUCAGGCCUGACGCCGACGUGGUAUCACGCAACGAAUGUUGCGUUGCACGCUGCGGCAUGCGUUUUAGUGACCAGAGUGAGCUUAACUGUGGCGUCACUUCGUCCCGGAUUCGCGGCAUUGACCGGAUUGUUAUUUGCCGCACAUCCUAUUCACACAGAGGCCGUGACUGGCAUCGUCGGUAGAGCGGAUGUUCUCGCCUGCAUCUUUUUCCUACUCUCCUUCCUGGUUUAUCAUGGUCAGCAAACAGCUUACGUGUGGAGCAGUGUGUGUCUCGGUACCCUGUCAAUGUUGGCUAAGGAAACUGGCUUUACUGUUCUACUCCUAAACCUUCUUUAUGACCUUUGUCGUUCCUGGCAUUCAAUCAGGAGAUCUAUUUCUGAAGCCCGAUGGAACGAGGACUCGCGACAUUUUUCUAGACGAGCAGCUGUCUUAUUAGUUUCCCUUGGAAUACUAUUGGUGGUAAGGCUCGCCCUCCUUCACGGUGCUUUACCGAAAUUUUCGCCACAGGAUAAUCCUGCAGCUUUCCAUCCCUUUUUCCACGUUAGAUUACUGACGUUUUGUUAUUUGGCGGCACUUAACUGUUGGCUACUUCUAUGCCCGGUUACGCUCUCUCAUGACUGGCAAAUGGGUUCCGUUCCUCUGGUUACAUCUUUAGCUGAUACUAGGAACCUUGCGACUUGUCUAUUUUUCGGCGGCUGCUUAGUUCUCACGUACAAAGCUUUCACGGAUUUUGAGCAACAAAGGCACCCGCCUCUAAUACUUGGUUGGAUGUUCCUGGUGCUACCGUUCCUACCUGCAUCUAAUCUUUUCUUAACUGUCGGAUUCGUCGUUGCGGAGCGCGUACUGUACAUGCCAAGCGUUGGAUGGACCUUACUAGUUGUCUAUGGUAUUCAAGUGACUUGGACAGCUGUACCACGACGAAGAAGUUUUAUUACAAUUGGUGUGGUCUUGCUUCUCAUUUUGGGAUGCUACAGAACCUUUCUUCGAAAUAACGAUUGGACGUCUCGAGAAACUUUACUUAGAGCUGGUUUGCGGUCUCUGCCUCACAAUGCCAAGAUGCAUUACAAUUUCGCCAACUUCUUAAGAGAUACGUCACAACCGAACCGUGCAAUUCUCCAUUACCAGUUGGCUCUUUGGUUAUGGCCAACUUAUGCGAGCGCUCACAAUAAUCUUGGAACGUUGACGGUAGGCGAUCAAGCAGAGCAACACUUUUUGGCUGCAAUUCACGCCCAGCCUGGUCACGUCAAUGCACACUACAAUUUAGGACAAUUGUACAGGAAGACGAACAGGACGGAGGAGUGCAUCAAGAUGUUGCAGAAGUGCGUGUCACUAGAUCCAGCAUAUAUUCCAGCAUAUUUGGUCCUCGCGAGAUUAGCAAGUGGUCCCGCAACGGGAGUCCUUCUAAGGCACGUCGUUCGUUUGCAACCACGAAGUCCGGAUCAUCUCGCGGAAUAUGCUACAUGGUUAUACCAAAAUGGAAAAUGGCUGCCCUCGUUGAAGUACUAUCUCAAGGGCAUGGAGGUUUCGCCGUCGCAUAGAUCGUCGCUUGUAGGUACAGCAAGGAUUCUCAGGUCAAGAGGUCAAUGGCCGAGAGUGCAUCAACUCAUAACCAGAUGGCACUUGAUGUUACGAGCCAAAAGGGGUGGCUUGAUAUAUCGCGGUGAUCUUUAUAUUCGCGCGUGGCAACUUCAGAGCGAAUCACGUCAAAGAGCUCAUCAACACCAAAGAAAUCUUUGCCUAUCGGAGGAGAAUUGUUCAACGCCCCGGGUCGCGAGCGUGUCGAUGCAAUUGGAACAAGACAGCAACAAGUCCGAACAAUUGGAAAGGGCACCUCGUUGCACCGUACGGACCUGUCGACAAACAAGGAAGGGAAAGGCUCGUGUGACCGCACCAGCACUUUUGGUUCAAAAUCUUCUCGAGACACUUUAGUCGCGGUUUUUAACGUCGAACGAAUGUCUUACGAUUGAACGUGAUGCUUAUACGAGACUAAGAAUAAAAAGAAACGAAAAGAAAUGGGAAAAAAAAAA